UGUGUGCGUGCGCUGCAGGUGUGUGAGCUGGUGAAGUUCAUGAUUGAACACUGUCAGCAGAUUCUGGGAGAGGAGCCCUCCUCGCUGUUCGGGGGGCCGCCACAGAGACUCAACACUGACGAGAUGGGAUCAGACUCGUGGCUGUACCCUCUGACCGACUCGUCCUAUGACAGUCUGGAGAAUGAGCUGGACAACAGCAGUGGCGGCUCUCCAGGCUUCUGCAGCAGGCGGCACCUUAGACCCAAAGCGCUCCGAGGCAGCCUGGACUCUGUCCUCACAGGCAGCGACUACGACCAGGACACAGACCAAGAGAACCACCCGACCCAAACGGACAGCCCGCAGGCUCUCAGCUUACACCCCCUGAGGAGAAGCAGAGGAAGGAGGCAGGACGCAGACGUCUCCUGCUCCGCCCAGGAUCCACCGGCUGUGGACACCUCCUCCACCCCUGACUCCCUGUCCCCGGAUGGUCGGCGCAGACAGCGGCGGCGUUCAGAGCCAGCGAUAGCGUACGCGGCCAAGCUCCGACCGUGCACCUCGGGGAACACUGACGGCGUGUCUGCCGAGGAGGAAGAUUGUGAAGACGAGCUCCCCAAGAAGCCCAGCAGCCGCACACUCGCUCACUGCAGAGGUCACAGCAGGAGGGGGGACGCUGUGAGGUCAGCAGUAGAGGUGAGCUCCCCCAGCCUCUCCUCCACCCCCACCUCCCCCGCACCCACCCGCUCCUCCCUGGACUCUCUGGACUCCCUCAGCAGCGACCACACCUGGGCCACCGGGCGGAGGCUCCACCCAGCAAAGACACAGCCGCCGUCCUGCUCCCCCCCUCUGUCCGUCCCCUCCGCACCCUUCACCAUCAGCUCCGCUCUGACCCCUGCUGGACCUCCAGAGCCGGCCCCUAAAGACUCCCCGCCCAAAGACGCUCUCAACUGGGGGACCCUGAAAGGCUGCAGGGGCCUCCACCCAAACUCGUGGCUGAAGAAAGGCCGGAGGCUGUCACUGACCCAACAAGACAACUUGGAAAAGGAAGACGACGACAAGACAGCGGGAGGAGCCGCCGAUAAGUCGCUCAGUCUCGGAAAAGCAGGUGAGAGGGGAGGACGAAAAGUAUCCAGCAGCCAACCCAAAACCCCCAGCAGAGCCUCAAAAGAAGCAGCAGGAGGACGGAGGCCGGGCCAGGAGCACAGCAAGCCCCGACACCUGAAACCAGAAUCAUCCAGCCCGCCGUCCCACCACCGCUCUGCAGGGAGUCUGCUGUUCCCCAAGUCAGACUCGCCGCUAACCAUGAAGCAGCUCAAUAUCACCGCCACAGGAAGUGACAUCAGCAGCUCCAGCUGUGCAGCUCAAAGCGAAGUGGCCGAGCUGACGCAGCCGUCGCUGCCCGUCUUCUACAAGCAGAGCGGGCCGCCUCUGUCCCUGUUCAGGCAACACAAGUCUCACUCGGUGGAGGAGGGAUGCAAUGCCAAGCUCUCAAAGCGGCGGGGGUCGGAGCCGGGAAGGCAGGUGGUAGAGCGAGCUUCCGCCCUCACACGGGCCAGGCUGCCCAGCGACCCGGGACUGAAGGUCUCUGAGGCGGAGUCACAGGGCGCGACACCAGAGGCCCGUUUCUGCCUCUCCCCCUGCGCCGCCAAAGCAGUGAAGGACUAUUUCUCCUCUCACCCGCGCAGCAGCCCACAGAGCAGCCAGCAAGUGGCGCUCGCUCUGGUGGAGAGUCGCAGGGAGUGGCUGAAGAGAUGCUGCGAUCCCUCAGCCGAACCAGACUUUGACCAGCUUCUGUUUGCCGAAGAGUCUUAUGUCUGAUUGUGACGGGAAACUACAUCAGACGGACGCAACAAUUAACUGAAAUACACACAACAAACACUUGCUGCUGUUUUCACCCUGAGAAUAAAAUGAUAAGUAAGUACACUCAGCACCUUCGACGCACGGCAGCUUACGAGCGUUUCAUUAGACCGCAGUGUAGCGACCUCUGCCACCACAAGCAGGAGGACAACCAGGUACGUUUUAUUUAACACAGUAAAUAGGUACUUUUUAAAAUUUGCAGAGAGCUUAUUGCCAUUAAGGGAACAUUGUUGCUUUAAAUAUCCCAGAGACUGGAUUUCCACGUGCAGGAAGAACAUUACUUUGUAACCGUAUUGAUAUUGGCGUGAUAGAUUUAUCGCUUUAAAGGACUGUUUUCGUAUCAAAUGCUGAAUGGCACCAAGUUGAUCUUGACUUAAUUGGGUUCGUUAAAGCAAUGUUACAAAUGUGUUUUUUAAAAAACUAUAUAAGGCCAAAGUUAAAACCUGCCAAUUAAACCUACCUGCUGUUGCCUUCUUUUAUCAUGAGCAUGUAGAGUCGUAUUAAUAAUUCAUCAUUGGAUCGCCUCAUAGAUGACUUUCUCGCUGUCCUGAGUUAAAUUAUGUCUGAAAAUUCAGAUUUGUUACUUACAGCUAAUAAAUGGUUAAGGAGCGUACCCAGUGUACUUCUAUAGUUAUGUUAACCGUUUUGUUAAAAGCGAAUGAUUAUAAUGCCGGCCUACACAAUUUUACACUGUUUAAUCAGCGUCACUCUUUUCCUGCAUUGGCACUUGACAAAAUAAUGAACUCACAAUAGUUGCGUUGGGAUAUAAUUAGAAUUUUUUUUUUUCACUGGGUCCGUAGUGUAAAUGCAGCUCUGUUAGUGUCUUAAAUCGAUCAAAUAUGCUCCAAAUUUAACUGAGUUUUGUAGAUAAUGGUUGUUAUUAUUCACAGUUCGUGGUUUUAAAGGGAAAAUUGCAUUUAAAAGUUAUUUAAGGGAAACUUUAAUUUUACUGGACCCUAUUUUCCCAUGUUUGUGUCGAUGUGACUAAUGGAGACUCAUUUUAACUGAGUCCUAAUUUGACAGACUGCACUGUGGAAAACGCUCAAUACGGAUAAAUGAUUUUAGAGAAAGUCUAGUUAUUGUUUUAGUCUGACUAUAACUGAACUUUUUCGGUAAAUGUAAACACAUGAGUCCAACUGCAAUCAGAUUGAAACAUCUAGAUAAUGCGAUCGGAAGUCAUGUAAACACCUCAGUCGGACUCUAACUGGCCGAGGUGUUUUCUGCAUGUUUCUUAGUCGCCUUCGGUGGUUAGGGAUAGGGACUGUUCGUUAUUUAUGAGGGGGGAAGGGGUGCCGCAAAAUGGGGAGGGCAUUUUAGGAAAAAAAAAAAAAAAAAAAAAGCAAUGGUUUUUAAGGUGUGGCUUAGGUAAAGAACAUCCCACUUUCAAUGGUGGUAUUUUGUAUUUAUUUUUAAUUAAAAUGUCACACUCCAGCCACCCUUCUCCUCGGAUUAAUAAAGUACAGUCCCACAACACUGGCACAGAAGCUGAGCAGUGUGCUGCUGUAAAUGUAGCAUUCACUUAAGCGGGGUUCACACUACAAGAUAACCGGGCAGAUUUUGGGCCCAAUUUCCCCCCUGUAAGUGGCAAAAGUAAGUACUUUUAGUUGGUCUUUCUCAAUACUGAAUCAAUUUUAAAAAAAUGUCUCCAUUGGUCACUUUGACACAAAACAGGAAAACAGAAUCCGGAUUAAAACAUGCAAAAGUGUCCCUCUAAGUCUGGGCUUAUUUUGGUUGAUGCUACUGAUGUUCUGACUACAUUUUGUCAACUGCAGUGUCCGCUGAGGUAAACGGUACUAAAAUAUCACAGGACUGACUUUUGUAGGUCACACUGUUGUCUGCAGUUAAUCUUUUGCUCUUUAAAUGAUAUAAACUCUGAAAUAAGUUUUUUUUAAAACGCUUCUCAGCAUUAGCACUUAAAAUCUUUUUUUAAAGCACAUUGCACACAGUCGCACAAUUUGUAGUUGUAGUCCUUGUUUUGAUCCUUAUUUGUUGCCAACGAUGUUUUUCGAGCUUUAUAUUUUAUGCAGCUAUAUGAACUAUGUUUGAAUAGAUCACCAGACUGUUGUUUUAUUAUAUUGUCUGUGCUUCCGUUCGAUAUAAAUGUAUACAUACGCUGUAUUAAUAAGCCUAAAAAUCUGCAUUUGCGAAUAAAAUUACCUGA